CCACCUUGUUUAUCUGGCUGAAUAUACACGCACUGGUGUCUUUUUCUGAGUUAUCAAUAACUAAUAACUCACCAAGUUGUUAUUGUGGAUCAUAGAAUCGGCUACUUCUACUUUUGCUGAAUCGUGGAACUCUCUCUUUGUUAUUAUACAAUAAAAACACUAUAAAUAAUUAUUAUUUUUUUUAAACUUAUUUUAGAUUAUAUUUGUAAAACAUUUUAUUUUCAGUUUUUAUUUAAAAAAAGAAAUUUUAAUUUCAAGAUGUUAUAGAGUAAUCAAACUUUUUAGAUUUGAAAUCUUUUUUUUAAUUAGAUUAUUUGAUAAAUUUUACGUAUUGAAAUUAUAUAUCCUAGAAUAUUAAUGUAUUUUAGAUGUAAAAAUAAUAUUAAAAUACUAAAUUGCAAAGAGAAAUUAUAGAUAAAUUUAUAUUCAUGUAACUUUAUAAAAAAAUUAUAUAGCAUUAUUAAUUUAUAAUUUAUCUAACUCAAAAUCAUAAAUGUUUAUUAAUUUCUAGAGUUUCUCCUAAAUAUUUAUGCAAAUCACCUUUACCGGGGAUAAAUUGAUUCUUAAAUUCAAUUUGACCUUUUGACUUUUUCCUUAUCCAGCUAAGCCAAUACAAAACCAGUUGACUUUAAAGGUUUGGUUUUUUUAAACCAACAAUCUUGGAAAAAACUCUAGAGAACCCCCAUUGAUCUAGCCAGAGAUGGAAUCCAUUCUUCUAGAGAAGAUAGGAUUAUUCUCCAACAAGAUCUCUAAAGACGAUCUGAAACCAGGAGACCACAUCUAUUCAUGGCGUAACGCUUAUAUCUAUUCUCAUCACGGAAUCUACAUAGGAGACGGAAAGGUCAUUCAUUUCACACGUGGAGGCGGUCUUGAAAUCGGAACGGGAACUUUUUUGGACAAGCUCAUCGUCAGCUCUAUUACCAAUCACGGAGGAGACAACCCUUGUCCUAACUGUGGAGGAAAGCAAUCCAACACGCAUGGAGUUAUCUCUUCUUGUCUCGAUUGCUUUCUCUCCGGAGGAGAUCUCCUUCGCUUCGAGUACAGUGUCUCUCCGGCUCUGUUCAUGUCCAAGCUCCGAGGCGGUACCUGCACGACGGCGGCUUCGGAUCCUUCGGAGGAAGUGAUCUCUCGUGCGGAGUUUCUUUUGCUGAGAAAUGGGUUUGGUGAGUACCAUGUGUUCGAGAAUAACUGUGAGGAUUUUGCGAUGUACUGUAAGACGGGUUUGGUGGUGGGGAGAAGCUAUGUGCUUGGGAGAAGCGGCCAGGCUAACUCGGUGAGUGCGGCUGCGUGUGUUGCGCGUAUGGUUAGUCCUUGGGCUAGUAAUGCUAUACGUCUCUGUUCGGAUGUUGGUAUGCGGAGUGAUGCUGUUAAAGUGCCUGUGGAGAGUCUCGUUGCUCGGUUUAAUCAGGCUGAUACAUUGGCAAAGGAGAGCUGAGUUUGGUUUGGUUCUGAUUGUGUGCAAUGUGUGUAUUUGAUUGUUGGUUAAUGCCAGAUUGAAUCUGCUUCUAAAUUCUUUGAAUUGUGUAACUCUAUUGUAAUGAUGUGUGAAUACAGUUUAAUUGAGAUCUUCAUUGUUUGUGUUGUGUAAAAAAGUAAACGCGUAAAGAAAGAGAUGUGGUUGAUUCUUU